AUGCCACCAAUCCCAACAGGAGGCCUGGCUCGGCCGCGAGUGAUAUCCUAUUUCCAGACGUAUUUUCCGGAGCAUGGGACCUACGUCUCUUUGCUCCCGUUGUACACGAGCUCCAGCGGCAUAACGCAUGUCAUUCUGGCUGCGUUCCAUAUCAACGAGGACGCAGAGAGCAUUACGCUAAACGAUGACUCUCCGGAUGAUACCCGCUACGGGCCCCUCUGGGAAGAAGUACGCGUGCUCCAGGGAGCAGGUAUCAAAGUGCUGGGGAUGCUUGGGGGCGCUGCUAAAGGGAGCUUCCAACGGCUGGACGGGGAGGCUCAUACUUUUGAAGAAUACUAUACUCCCCUCCGUGACAUGAUCAAAAUCCGUGAACUCGAUGGCCUUGACCUGGACGUGGAGGAGGAGAUGUCUCUCGAAGGGAUCAUCCGACUCAUCGACCGCCUCAAGUCAGACUUCGGCAAUCACUUUAUUAUUACCCUUGCUCCCGUUGCAUCGGCUAUGGUACGGGGUCUACGGCAUCUUUCUGGCUUCGACUACUUUGCUCUGGAGGAACAGAGAGGAUCGAAGAUAUCGUGGUACCACACUCAGUUCUACAAUGGCUGGGGAGGGAUUUCAGACGUAACCGCUUAUGAAACUAUCAUGUCCAACGGGUGGCCAACUGAGAAGAUCGUUGUUGGGGUCCUGACGAACCCUCGGAAUGGGACCCAGGGCUAUGUUCCCUUGGAGACGCUGAAUCUGGUUUUUGCGACGUUGAUUCAAAAAUAUCCUUCGUUCGGUGGCGUGUCUGGGUGGGAGUACUUCAACGCUCUUCCUGGAGGAGAGGAGAAGCCAUGGCAAUGGGCGGCUAUCAUGUCCUUCAUCUUUGCAAUGAAAUAUCUUUAUGACACUGCGGUGGUUGGAGCUUUCCUGAUGGCCGUGAAUGGUGGACCGCAUAGAAACUGA